CUUUUCUUGAACGUUUCGUUACUUGUACUGUCUUCGGAUUCGGCACAGGUGGAGCACUUUAGGCACUUACAGGGAUCAUAUAAUCAUGCGCGUAUCUUCUGAGUGUUUAUGAGCAUAUGAUAUGUCUUGUAACAGCAAUGUCACCGAGCUCUCAGAAGUUGCCUGUGAUAACCAUUAAGGCGGAGAUCGUGCUAGUCCGUUUUCACUGGGGCAGAAAGGGGGAGUGUUGCUUUCGGCACGUAUGACAGGUCUCAUUAUCAUUUCCACAGAAUCUACACUCCUUCUAGCACCACCAUGGCCGCAGAAAUAUCUGCGCACAAGACGACCGCCUUGAAGAAUCCUUCAAACUAUGCUUUGGCCUCUCAUCGACUCCGUCGCACUCUACAUACCUCCACCAAGCAACCGAUCGUCUUGGUAGCAUGCGGCUCCUUUAAUCCUAUCACAUACCACCACCUCCGGAUGUUUGAGAUUGCGAAGGAUUUCAUUCGGCAGAAUACCAAUUUUGAGAUUGUCGGUGGAUAUCUCAGCCCGGUCAGCGACGGGUACAAGAAAGCGGGUUUAGUCAGUGCACAUGAUCGGGUUAAAAUGUGCACGCUCGCCACAGAGCAGGAGUCGUCAUGGCUAAUGGUCGACUCUUGGGAAGCGUUGCAGAGUUAUCAACGUACAGCUGUUGUACUUGAUCACUUUGAUUAUGAAAUUAACACGGUUGUUGGUGGCGUGUCCACUCGAGAUGGUGAACACCGCGAUGUUCAGAUCAUGCUCCUUGCUGGUUCAGACUUGAUUAGCACCAUGUCUGAGCCGGGCGUUUGGUCUCACGAUGAUCUCGAUAAUAUUCUUGGACGCCAUGGAACGUUUGUCAUUGAGCGCACAGGGGCCGCACUGGAUCAAGCGACUGACAACUUGGCGCGUUGGCGGAACAAUAUCUACCCUAUCGCUCAGCUGGUCCAGAACGACGUUUCCUCGACGAAGGUACGGCUAUUCUUUCGCAGGGGUCUUUCGGUACAGUAUCUCCUCCCAGCGGCCGUCAUCGACUACAUAGAGCAGAACAACCUAUAUCCAGACGACGGACCGUGCAUGGAGAAAGAUAAGGGCAAUGACAGGGAGAGUGGUAGUUCAGAAAGCAACAAUGUCCGCGCUACCCAGUCAACAUUGGGAACGGAUACGACAAGGUUAUCAACCAAUUAGACAUGUAUAAAGAAACCUUAAGCGUGAGUAAAAUUACUAGCUAAAUGAACACCGCUACUGCUGUCAAUGAAAUGAGUCG